AUGAAGGAUUCUGGUGGGCUCACGCCGGGCAACUCCACGGAGGAGAAAGUCAUUACGGGUGCAGAGAGUCUGCGAAAGCCGCCUACAUACGGACAAAAAGAAAACCUUGAAGGAAUCAACCAGCUAUACUGGGCCGGGAAAUUCAAGUCCUUUGGCAUCUCGAACUUUCCCGCAGAUAAAGUGGAAACUGUCAUUCAGCUAGCAAAGCAGAAGAGAUUCGUCUACCCAGAGUCUACGAAGGAAACUACAAUCCUCUCUCCCGGAAGCAGGAGGUAG